UAGAAUUUAACAACCAAAAGCCGUUACAACUGAUUCUUCUCCCUUCAGCCGUUACAGGUUGGAAAUGUUGCCUCUGGGGUUUAUUUCUUUAAGGCUUCAAUGAAGUCUGAUGUUAAAGUCUGUUAAGAUUCCCUGACAUUGUAGAGUCCUUACACGCAAUUUACCGCCACAUUGGGCGGUAAAAUAAAGACAAUAUGGAAGGCUGACUUAGCAGAAACCAGUCCAGUUCUCCAAUGGGAAGCUGCAAAAUCCAGGCAAUAUGCGCUUUACCUUGUACAAGAGCAGCGACUCCACAAACCCUAGGAAGCGGAGUCAGCGGAUCCUGGCGGCUGAAACAGACAGACUUUCCUAUGUGGGAAACAAUUUUGGGACCGGAGCCCUCAAAUGCAACACUCUGUGCAGGCACUUUGUUGGAAUUUUGAAUAAGACUUCUGGUCAAAUGGAAGUAUACGAUGCUGAAUUGUUCAACAUGCAGCCUCUUUUUUCAGAUGAAUCAAUAGAGAGUGAAUCUACAGAGAAUCAGACCAAAACUUUCAGAGAAAAGAUGGACUCUUGCAUUGAAGCCUUUGGUACCGUCAAACAGAAGCGGGCCCUGAACUCCAGGAGGAUGAACAGUGUUGGCAGUGACUCUUUGAACCGUGCAGUUGCUAAAGCUGCAGAGAGUAUCAUUGAUACAAAGGGUGUGACUGCUCUGGUCAAUGAUGCCAUCCAGGAUGACUCGCAAGAUGACUCCGCCUACCUCCCUCCCUGUCAUGCUGAUGCAACCAAGCCUGAAGAUGUAUAUAAGUUUGAAGACCUUCUUUCCCCUUCGGAAUAUGAAGCUCUUCAGAGCCCAUCUGAAGCUUUUAAGAAUGUCACAUCGGAAGAAAUACUAAAGAUGAUCGAGGAGAACAGCCACUGCUGCUUUGUCAUAGAAGCUCUGAAAAAUUUACCAUUCGACAAGGAGAGCCGAGACCGCCAGGCCCGGUGCAUAUGGUUUCUGGACACCCUCAUCAAAUUUCGAGCCCAGAAAGUAAUUAAGCGGAAAAGUGCCCUGGGGCCUGGAAUCCCACACAUCAUCAACACCAAAUUGCUGAAGCACUUUACCUGCUUGACUUACAGCAAUGGCAGUUUACGGAACUUCAUUUCGGAUUCUAUGAAGGCAAAGAUCACUGCAUACGUGAUCAUACUCGCCUUGCACAUAAAUGACUUCCAGAUUGACCUGACAAUAUUACAGAGGGACUUGAAACUCAGUGAGAGGAGGAUGAUUGAGAUCGCAAAAGCCAUGAGGCUCAGGAUCUCCAAAAGAAGGGUGGCCCUGGCAGCUGGCAUGGAGGAGGAUCACAAACUGGGCACGCUGCACAUCCCACUGCCUCCAGCCCAGAACGCUGAGCGCCAGUCAAAACGGAGGAAAAUCACCUAGAGGUGUGCUUUCCAGACUCAGCAUUUUGGCCACAUUGUAGCACUCUUUUUUAUUCAUUUCCAGUUUUAUUUUUCAAACAAGACAAAGGAAGAAGCCCUGUUUUGGCAUGGGCGUAAAGUCAGAAGUCAGCAUCUGUCACGCUGGUGUCAAGCCGACACAGAAUGUGACCACCACCGUGAACUUCCUCCCCCACGGUGUUGCUGGGACUACAAAUGGAAGUUGUUCCUGGUGUUGGUUCACACAUGGGGAUGUGGGGGGGUGGGGUCCAGGGAAUUUGGGGUCAAAAGAUCUCACUAGGCUGAACCCUGGGCCAUAUGUAAUGGAUGAAGAUUAAUAAAGAGAAACAUGAAGUGACGUGCUUAGGUCUGGAAAGACCAGUAGAAUAGAUAGUGAGGAGGCCUCUGCUCAGGGGCUGGAUCUUCACAGAGCCCUGGGACAGCGGGCCUGAAUGCAGUACAAGUUCUGACUGGCUUGAGGACACAUCCCUCUGAGCCAGAACUGUGGAGCUACGAGCUGGAUGGCCGGGCUGUGUAACCCUGGACUGUCCUGCCUCCUCCAGUGGCAGCGGUGGGGCCUGGGGAAGGUAGAGCAGUCCUGGCCUGUACCCAGCCACCUCUGAACUCCAGCCUGUGCCCAGACCAAGGAAAGUCCUCCUCCCCAAAGCACCUUUUAAAAUACACCACUUUAUUUUGGUUGCUGAGAUUUUCAUAAGCACUUGGUUCACAGAAAAGUCAUUUCAUACAAAAUUAUAAAGGCAGCAUUUUGUACAGCGACUCACAUUGAGGCCACCAGAGAAGUGCAAAGGAC